CAAUCAACGAACUCGAGAGCUCAAAACUGUGCCGACGACUUCAACGAAGAACAAUCAAAAUCGUUCCGUGUGUAAGAAAACCUACCUUACAUAAGGUAGCUAUCUACCGUAUCUCUUUCACUGAUUCCAUCGCAUGUCGGACGGAUCUGAGCACACUACGGUACUCGUACCGAAGAGCGAUCUAUUUGUUCGAUAUCGAUUUACAAGCAUGGCAACCUCCCAUCCCACACGAAAACCACGGCGAAACCGGUGGGUCUUCUACGCCAUUGCUGGGUUCGCAGGCAUUGCGGUCGUCGAUGCCUUCGUUUCGUCGGGGCAGCGGGGGGUGAUGGGGAAAGGGCCCGGCGAUGGCGGAUUUUCMAAGGCAGCCGAGACGGGAGCGCACAGCACACGGAUCACCGUGAGCCGACACGGCGGGAGGACGAACCAGAAGCACCCAGCAGCCUUGCAAUCGACCGCGCAAGCAAAGGAAACCCCGUUUUUUGCGGAGUUCAAAGAACCUUCCGUGGCACGGCCKUCGGCGACGGCUUCCGCAACACCAAAAGCGUCGUCRCCGCCCGCUUCCGCGAUGUUCACGAGGGGSCCCGAUCCGGCCACGAAACCGGACUAUGCCAACAUCCACGGGCCCCUUGGCAAGGCGGUCGACGACGUCUUCCUKUGGAUCUUUCGGACCAGGCUCGCGGAGUUUGUUGGCGUCGAUUCCAGUCUCCCAAAGACGGACUACGACGGCCUCAUCGAGCUGACGGCCGCCCUCAAUGCCCGGUACAGCGACCGGGAGGAAAUCCAGACCAUUGCCCAAAAGACGCUGCGUGAGUUAACACCGAAUUUGAGUUGCAACGGUUGCAUUCUGGGUUCCGGGAUCACCGAAUAUGGCCUGGYAUGGCAUGGAUCUAUACUGUUGUGGUGCCAGCCGAUUUCACGCAGUCGAUCGCUGAAAUUGUUCCGGCCGUGCCAGGUGAAUGCUUCGGUGUACCAAAGUUGAAAGCCCGUGGUAAUGCUCGUCAAUUCGUUCGUCCACCGUUUGCUUACUUGCAUUUUUYCCCUCUUUGCUGCCGCCACAGGUUCUCUCUUUCCGAGUUGGCUUCCGGGCCAGUUUGCCAUUCUCUUUGCAAGGCCAUUUCCCGAGGUGCGUAUCCKUAUUUUGGAAUUGCUUGGUUCCUGCCAACGGGUAUGGCUCAAUUUCUGUGGCCACUGGCCCGUGGCAGGGGCUUUCCAUUCAAUCCUUUGUAAAAUACCCAUCCAAAGUUCCCGUCUAACAAUUGGCACGCUGUUCUGACUGUUCUUUUGUCUUUCAAACACUCGUUUGCGUGCAUGUGUUCUGGUGCGUUGCUCUCCCCUUGUAGUUUUCUUCUCGAAUGAACGCAUGGGCCACGUACAUGGCCGGAACCUGGCUCAUGGGGGAAUGCGAAAUAAACGACAUCGAGAUCGACGGAACCACGUACAAGGACCAAGGACUCCUGGUCAAGCGGUGCCGCUUUCUGGAAGAAUCGGGGUGCGCGAGCGUCUGCGUCAACUCGUGCAAGAUCCCCACCCAGAACUUUUUUGCGGAGGACAUGGGCCUGCCUCURACCAUGACGCCGGACUACGAAACCCACGAGUGUCAGUUCGCCUUUGGCAGGGCCCCGGACGAGAGAGACGAGUUCGACGCCAAGAACACGCCCUGCCUCUCGCGGUGUCCGACCGCCGGUUCGAUGCGGAGCUGGCACAGCGGGGGCAACGUGGCAUCCGUGGAGGGCCCCACUUCGUUCGAUGCGACGGCUGGGACCGCCGGCGGCGAACCCGGUGGCAAGUGCGCGUUCAUGGAGAAUGCCCCGUCCGAACGGUGAUGACGAAUCCUAAGAACAAAAGAUGUCGUGGUAAAAGACCUUCUACAAAAUGAUUUCAAUUUAAACGUGAUGAACAAGCUGCCGUUUGGCCAACGCCCGCAUCGUGCUAUGCCAACGUUUGCCCACGGCGAAAUCGAUUCGUUGCGUGCUCGCAUCGCUUAAGUGCCUUACUUGGAUUUGAUCAUGGAGAUGGCCAGGGAGAUGGUCGAGAUCAUGCUGGUUAAGAAGCCGAUCCAUUUGAUGGCGCCUCCUUUCUUGUAUCGUGCAGUGGCAACGUCGAGCGACGUAUCGAUGUAACCCUUUUGGUAGAAAUAGGAUCCGACGUAAUAGAACACGGCUGUGGUGUCGUAAGAUUCAUUGGGAUGCAUUUGAUUCAUUUCGUUUGUCGUCGUCGUCGUCAGCGGUGUAGUCAUCAAUGUUUGAAUCGUUCGUGAAAAAAAGGAAAGUUAGAUCCGGUGUGMAAGGACACAAUUCAAGUCCCUCGUGGGAAAUUCAUUGACGAUCACGAUUGCAUCCCAACCGAAUCGAUCUKGGUUGCGUUCGUUCAUUCGUGCAGCUUCUUGGAUUGUAAUGAGCUCCCAGUACUGUACAAACACUCGCACUUUUUCGGUAUUCCAUAAUGCUAGUUCUACUUACUUCCAACGGCACAGGCMAURGGAUAUUUCAGUCCACCCAGGAGGGUCAUGGCGAUGUAGGAAUCGAGGGUUUCCAUGAAGUUUUGGUGGGAGCGCUGGAUGCGGUUGAACUCGUCGGCCUUCUUGUGAUAUCCGGGAGUCGCGUAGAGGUUCGGGUAGGGAACAUCACAGUCUUUUCGUCCCUUCAUCACCGCACCGGCCAGGAAAAAGUUGCAAACGACUGAGCCGACGCCGGCGCCGAGGACGACAAAGCCAUACUCGCUGGGAACGGAAAGUGUGAAGACCAUGGUGCGAUAUUGUUUAAUUAUUUGGUGUGUUCGAUGGAGUUCGUGUUUGUACCGGUAGUAUGUUUCUUAGGCUGGCAAUGCUUCUUUAUCGUCCUUCAUCUUCGCUCCUUCCUGAACCCUGCGAUGACAACGAUAUUAAUUUUCUAGCGUGACUUGUCUACGGGGACAGUACUUGAACCCGCUACUGCCWGUACCGUUUUUGAUGACAUCGCUUGGUACGAGACGUAAAGUACUGUGUUGGACCCGAACCCAAAAUACAAUGUACUGUAAUGA